AUGGGGAAACGACACGUGACGUCGAUUGCUUUGCUGCUCCCCGUGCUCGCUGCCACGUCGCAUGCGGCUUCGGAGCCUUCACGGCCGCGGGGUGUAGGCCCUGAGUUUGCAAAAUACUACAAAGACGCCUCGACCUUCACUUGCAUAUCCAAUCCAUCGAUCCAGAUGCCAAUGGCUCGUGUCAACGACGACUACUGCGAUUGUCCCGACGGCUCAGACGAACCAGGCACCGCAGCCUGUGCCUACCUCUCGCCCCUCUCGCCGCCCCAACCCUCGACUUUCCAAGCUGGCCAGGCCAAGAGCCCGCCCGUCCUGCCAGGCUUCUACUGCAAGAACAAGGGCCACAUGCCCAGCUAUAUCCCCUUCACCAGGGUCAAUGACGGUGCAUGUGACUACGAGGGCUGCUGUGAUGGCAGCGACGAGUACGAGCAUGUCGGUGGAGUCAAGUGUGAGGACCAGUGUGCUAGGAUCGGCAAGGAAUGGAAGAGACAGGAUGAGAUACGGCAGAAGAGCCUCAAUGCUGCAAAGCAAAGACGGAAGGAGCUCAUUUCCGAGGCUGGGCGGUUGCGUAGAGAAGUCGAAGACCGCAUUGCAACACUCAAGACGCAAAUCGAGGGCCAGACUGUCAAGGUCGACGGGCUGACCAAGAGCCUGGCAGAGAUUGAGCGUUCGGAGAGAGGAAAAUUGGUCAAGAGUGCGGGCAAGGGAGGCAAGAUCACGGUGCUGGCGAGUUUGGCCAAGGAGAGGAUCCAGGAACUGACGGACAACGUGAACCGGGUGCGCAGCGAAAGAGAUGCGGCAAAGGCGAGAGUGGAUGAGCUUGAAGCGAUGCUGAAGCGGUUCAAGGAAGAGUACAACCCCAACUUCAACGACGAGGGCGUCAAGCGCGCCGUCAAGGCCUGGGAGGACUAUGCGGCACAAGAUCGGCCUGCUUUUAACGACGCCCUUGACCGAGACCUGGACGAGGUCCUCAAGCCAGACUCGGAGAGCGCCAUCAAGUGGGAAGAGUUUGAGACUACCGAUGACGAGUCUGACGUCGAGCUUCUCUACCAAUUCGAAGCCUACCUCCCCGCCCCCAUCCGCGACUGGGUUGACGCCAAGCUCCGCGAUUUACGCGUCAUGCUCAUCGAGAACGGCGUCCUCGCCUCCCCCUCCACUGACGCGCCCGAAUCCAAGCUCGUUACUGACGCAAAAUCUCAACUCGAUUCAGCCAAGAAGGAGCUGGACGAUGACAAGUCUGAACUAGCAAGACACGAAGAUGACCUAACAAAAGACUAUGGCCCAGAUGGUAUCUUCCGCGCCCUGAAAGAGACGUGCAUCUCUACUGACAGCGGUGAAUACACAUACGAGCACUGCUUCUUCUCCAAGACGACGCAAAAGUCCAAAAAGGGUGGCGCGCACACGGGCAUGGGCAAUUUCGCGCGCAUCGAAAGCAUCACCUGGCGAGCGUCUCGCGCUCAAGUAUGA